UUCCCCAUAAACAGAAGGCUGUCUGCCUACCCCAGGGAAACUCAGUGGCCAACCGCGGAGACAGUAAGAAUCUGAACCAAACAAAAGCAGCCACGGCCGCCAGGUGCACACGCUCGGGAGAGAGGACAUUGCGUCCCUCGCCGGUCGCCGGUUUCGAAAGACGCGAGCCGGGUCUCCAGAAGGUCGGUACCGGCUUUCCCCUGGCCGGCGGCUAUAGGAAGGGCUCGGUGGGGCGAAGAGAGUGGACCCGGCCAGCGCGGGACGCUUAAACCCCGUGCCGUCGGUACGUCCAACGACAGGCGGAUCCGCGGACAGCCUAGGCGCUCUAGGACCCCGGCGGGCGCGGUGUGGCGGGAAGAAGGAAGUUUCAAAGCCGAGUGGCUCAAUUGUUGCCGCCCAGGCGAGAUGAAGCUGCACUGCGAGGUGGAGGUGAUCAGCCGGCACUUGCCGGCUUUGGGGCUGAGGAACCGAGGCAAGGGCGUCCGAGCCGUAUUGAGCCUUUGUCAGCAGGCGCCCGGGAGUCAGCUGCGGCCCCGCGCAAGGGACGAACCGGGCGGCCCGCGCCCCGCCUGCCUGCUCAUCUCCACCAUGAAGGACAAGCGCGGGACCCGCUAUGAGCAGCUAAAGGAAAAUAUUGAGCAGUUCUUCACCAAAUUUGCAGAUGAAGGGAAAGCCACUGUCCGGUUAAAGGAGCCUCCUGUGGACAUCUGUCUAAGUAAGGCCAAUUCUGGCAAUUUAAAGAGUUUCCUUUCAGCUAUGAGACUGGCUCAUAAAGGCUGUGAUAUCAACGCACCACUUUCAACGCUCACAUCAGUGAAAACAUCAGAAUUUGAAAAAUUUAAAAUUAAAAUGGUUAUCACAUCCAAAAAGGACUAUCCCCUAAGCAAGAACUUUCCAUAUUCUCUCGAACAUCUUCAGGUUUCUUAUUGUGGGCUUCUCCGAGUUGACAUGCGUAUGCUUUGUUUAAAAAACCUUAAGAAAUUGGACUUGAGUCAUAACCACAUAAAAAAGCUUCCAGCUACAAUUGGAGAUCUCAUUCACCUUCAAGAACUUUACCUGAAUGACAAUCAUUUGGAGUCUUUUAGUGUGGCCUUGUGUCAGUCUACACUCCAGAAAUCACUUCGCAGUUUGGAUCUCAGCAAAAACAAAAUCAAGGCACUCCCUGUACAGUUUUGCCAGCUACGAGAACUUACAGAUUUAAAACUUGAUGAUAAUGAAUUGAUUCAGUUUCCUUUCAAGAUAGGACAAUUAGCAAACCUUCGUUUUUUGUCAGCAACUCGAAAUAAGCUUCCAUAUUUGCCUAGUGAAUUUAAAAAUCUGUCCCUUGAAUACUUGGAUCUUUUUGGAAAUCCUUUCGAACAGCCAAAAGUCUUUCCAGUUAUAAAACUGCAAGUGCCAGUAACGUUAUUGGAAUCUUCUGCACGAGCCAUACUAUAUAAUAGGAUUCCAUAUGGUCCGCAUAUCAUUCCUUUCCAUCUUUGCCAAGAUUUGGAUGCUGCAAAAACCUGUGUUUGUGGGAGAUAUUGUCUGAACUCUUUCAUUCAAGGAACUACUACAAUGAAUCUCCACUCUGUUGCUCACACUGUGGUCUUAGUAGAUAAUAUGGGUGGUACAGAAGCACCUGUUAGCUCUUACUUCUGUUCUCUAACCUGCUAUGUAAAUUCCUCUGAUAUGUUAAAGUAAUAGGUGAUGCCACAAAAAGAAAUUUCAUUUAGUUUAGAUAAGCUUGGGAUUCCUUUGUGACCUAUGAUUUUAUAGUGCCAAAUUGGAAAAAAGGAAGCCUUUUUUUUUUUUUAGGUACCAGGGAUUAAACCAGGGGCACUUAGCCACUAAGCCACAUCCCCAGCCCUUUUUUUUAUUUUAUUUAGAGACAGGGUCUCGCUGAAUUUCUUAGGGUGUUGCUAAUUUGGUAAGGCUGACUUUGAACUCAUAAUCCUCCUGCCUCAGCCUCCCAAGCCACUGGGAUUAUAGGGUGUGCCACCAUGUCUGAUCCAAGGGAAGUCUUUUGUAUACUUACUCAAGAAGAGGAAUAUGUGUUAUGCCAACAUUUUAAGUCAUUUGACUCUAAAACUUUAAUUUCAUUAAAGCUGAAUUUUAUUGUGGGGUUAACUUUUUAUUCAUUUAUUGCAGUAUUGAUUUCACCUAAAGUUUCCAGAGUUGUAAGGUUGAGUUUUAAUGUUAAAUAGAUACUGAUCCCAGUCACUCUGAUCAUAAGAAUGUUCUUAUCAACUUUCUUCUUGCAUAUCAAUUAAAGGAGUUUCAUAAUGCAUGAAAUAUACUUGUGGAGGACUAAUAUUCCAAAUAAUAGUGAAGAAUUAUUUGGUAUUAAACUAUGUACAUACUAAAUAUCCCUAAUCCAAAAUCCAAACUGCUCUAAAACCCCAAAUAUUUUGAGCACUGACAUGCCUCAAGUGGAAAAUUUCACACCUGACCUUAUGACAGGUUAUAUUCAAAUGCAGGUACACUAUUGUUGGUGAGAUUGCAGACUAGUACAACACCCUGGAAAGCAGUAUGGAGAUUCCUCAAAAUAUUACAAAUGGAACCCACCAUAUGACCCAGCUAUCCUACUCCUUAGUAUUAUUCCAACAGAAUUAAAAGCAUAGUCUAGCAAUACAGCCACCUCAGUGUUUAUAGCAGCAUAAUUCACAGUAGUCAAAUUAUGGAAUCAAGUGAGAUGCCCAUCAGUAGAUGAAUGGAUUAAGAAAUUGUGGUAUAUGUACACAAUGGUUUUUACCUAGCCAUAAAGGAAAAUGAAAUGGCAUUUGGCGAAUGGAUGGAAAUGUAGAACAUCAUACUAAGUGAAAUAAUUCAGUCUCAGAAAAUCAAGGGUCAAAUAUUUUCUCAUGUAGAAGCUAGAGCAAAAUAAAGGUAGAGAGGAGGAUCAGAAA